AACAUUUGUACACAUUAUAAAAAUGAGGUUUAAAUAAUAUUUCUUCUAGGAUUAUCUCAUCUCUCUCUUUCAUGGAUAGUACAGAGUUAAAAUCAAGUGCAAAAAGGGGCAAUUAUCUCAGCUUAAAAAAGUGAUGAACAAGAAUUUAAUUCCUUCCUCUUUCUCAAGAUAACCUCAAAGAGAUCUUCUUAUGAAACAUAUGCUUUAGCUAUCUUUAACCCUUUUUCCCUUCUCUCUUUCUAUUUCUCCCUCAUACCUUUGUUUAUUCUGAUGAAGUUGUGAGCACUGAAAGAAAAGAAGAGAGGAGAAGAGAGAUAUGCACAAGAAGAAUUAAACUUAGGGACACAAAACAACAUGACUUGGUGCAAUGACCGUAGCGAUGUUCAGACCGUUGAAAGAAUCAUUCCCUCCCCGGGGGCGGCUGAGUCCCCCGUAGCCUCACUUCCGGUCUCUUGUCACAAAACUUGCCCUUCUUGUGGCCAUAACUUCAAGUUUCACGAACAGGCUGGGAUCCAUGACUUGCCGGGACUUCCUGCUGGAGUAAAAUUUGAUCCGACGGAUCAAGAGGUCUUGGAGCAUCUUGAAGGCAAGGUAAGAGAUGACGCAAAAAAGCUUCAUCCUCUCAUUGAUGAGUUUAUCCGUACCAUCGAUGGUGAAAACGGCAUUUGUUAUACCCAUCCUGAAAAAUUGCCAGGAGUGAACAAGGACGGGACGGUGCGUCAUUUCUUCCACCGACCGUCGAAGGCAUACACGACGGGAACAAGAAAGCGACGUAAAGUCCACACUGAUUCUGACGUCGGUGGAGAGACACGGUGGCACAAGACAGGAAAAACACGGCCAGUUCUUGCUGGAGGAAGAGUGAGAGGCUACAAGAAAAUCCUAGUGCUCUACACAAACUACGGCAAACAAAAAAAACCCGAGAAGACUAAUUGGGUAAUGCAUCAAUAUCAUCUUGGCACUAGCGAGGAAGAGAAAGAAGGUGAGCUCGUCGUCUCCAAAGUCUUUUACCAGACUCAACCACGUCAAUGCGGUGGCUCCGUUGCUGCUGCAGCCACCGCUAAGGACCGACCUUACCUCCACGGCCUCGGUGGAGGUGGUGGCCGCCACCUUCAUUACCAUCUUCAUCAUAACAACGGUAACGGUAAGAGCAACGGCAGUGGGGGAACCGCCGGAGCCGGUGAGUAUUAUCACAAUAUUCCGGCUAUUAUCUCGUUCAAUCAGACCGGGAUACAGAACCACUUGGUUCAUGACUCUCAACCUUUUAUCCCUUAAAAACAAAAUGAUUUUAUAUCAACGAUCCUAAAAUAAAACAAACGGUAUAUAAUCUAAGCAUUAUCUUUGAUAUACACAUACAUAUAUACGUUGAAAAUAAUUUAAAAUUUACAGUGCAUUCUUGUAUUCGUAACUUGUUUUUUGUUUCUCUUAAUUCUUUUUUCCUUUUGAUUUUACGGCUUUGUACAAUUUAAAUUCCUUGGACUGAGACUGACCAUGAAAAAUAUGUACAAAGAUCUCCAUUGGCUAUUGACUAUUGUUACAUGAAUUCAUUUUGAUAUCUUGUC